ACCAGAAGACAGAACUGACCAAGAAGGAACAGUGAACAAGAUGAAUGAUGUGAAGCUUGCUGUUUUGGGUGGUGAAGGAACAGGGAAAUCUGCCCUUACAGUAAGGUUUCUUACCAAGCGAUUUAUUGGAGAAUAUGCAUCUAAUUUUGAAUCUAUCUAUAAUAAGCAUUUCUGUUUGGAAGGGAAGCAACUAAAUCUGGAAAUAUAUGACCCUUGUUCUCAAUCCCAGAAAGCAAAAUUCUCCCUCAUCAGUGAGCUCCAGUGGGCAGACGGGUUUGUCAUUGUCUAUGACAUCAGUGACAGGUCUUCGUUUGCUUUUGCAAAGGCACUGAUCUACAGAAUUCGGGAGCCACAAACGAAUCAUUGUAAAAGAGCUGUGGAAUCAGCAGUGCUUUUGGUUGGCAAUAAGCAAGAUCUCUGUCAUGUGCGAGAAGUUGGCUGGGAAGAAGGGCAAAAACUGGCAUUGGAUAACCGAUGCCAAUUCUGUGAACUGUCUGCAGCAGAACAGUCUUUGGAGGUAGAAAUGAUGUUUAUCAGAAUUAUCAAGGACAUCCUGACAAACUUCAAACUCAAAGAAAAGAGAAGACCCAGUGGAUCUAAAUCAAUGGCCAAAUUGAUCAAUAAUGUAUUUGGCAAGAGAAGGAAAUCUGUUUAGUAGACGAGCGACCCUAAUGGUAGUAUUAUAUCAGAGAUAAAUAUUUACAUGAUAGUUAACGUUACCUUUUGUUAUGUGAUUUAAAACUAAUUGUCUUGGAGAUAUUAAAUGAUUGAACAUAAACUACAACAAUAUUUUCAAACAUCUAAUUUAGCUGUUUGGUUGUUUGUGCCCUAAACAUUCAGCUUGCCAUGUAACCCUUCAUUUAAGAAUAGCACUCAGUAUAACCAAUUGGUGGAUUCCUUCCUAGUUUGCCUUGCCAAAUAAUUCAUGCUUAUGUAAUUUUAUUAUACUGUCGUUCUAGAGGUUUCCAUUUACCUUUAUUCCAUUUCUUCCUUUGGAGCGAAGCAGAGUUAUAUUCA